AUGGCUCAGCUUCAGAGCGGCCCGUCCUCGUUUGAACGAGCCAAUGAGGCUUGUUCGAUGUUGACAGAUCACCUUCCAGUUCCUCUGCAGAAUCCAAAAGUUGCAAUCAUCUGUGGUUCAGGUCUGGGAGGGCUCGCCGACACAAUACAACAUGGACCACGGGCAGAGUUCGAUUAUUCUUCUAUACCCCAUUUUCCUUGCCUUACAGUUGCUGGGCAUGCCGGAAAGCUUGUCUUUGGUCUUAUCAAUGGGCAGGUUCCUGCGGUCUUGAUGGUCGGCCGUGCACACUAUUACGAAGGGCAUUCCAUUGAUCAAGUGACAUUUCCCAUUCGAGUUUUUAAGCGCCUGGGUGUUGAUACCGUCAUAUUGACCAAUGCCGCCGGAGGGCUCAACCCAGACUACGCUGUGGGUGACAUUGUGUUGCUUAACGAUCACCUUUUUUUAGCUGGACUGGCAGGAAUCCACCCGCUGCGGGGACCGAAUAGUGAAGAGUUCGGUCCUCGAUUUCCUCCACUGUCGGACGCUUAUGAUCUUGAGCUUCGUCGUCAUACACAUGAGAUCUGGAAGGAGCUAUCGCAGCCGCAAAAGAGAAGACUGCACGAGGGUGUGUAUGCUUUUGUAGGAGGACCAAGCUAUGAGACUAGGGCAGAGUGUCGUCUUCUUCAUCAGCUGGGCGCGGACGUAGUCGGCAUGUCGACUGUUCCGGAAAUUGUAGUCGCUAGACACACCGGUCUCAGGGUUCUUGCACUCAGCCUCGUGACAAACACAGCCGUCCUCUCCCCUGGGCCUCGUGGAGACGACAACCUGAUUCAGGGGAAAGACACGCAAGAACUAGAUGCUAUCCUGCAGAAAGGGAAAGCAAAUCAUGAAGAAGUUCUUGAAGCAGGCCGUUCUGCCGCCAUUGAUAUGCAGGUUCGCAUCCCCUCCCCAGAGCGUGCCUCUGUAUACUGA